AUGUCUGCCCCGUCGGCCCUCGCGGCUGGCGCUCCUCCAUCCAUGCCUGCCGGCAGCCAUGAGAUACGAGACUACUACUCCAACCAAGGCCCACCUCGGUCGCUACCACACACUGCACCGUCCAUCACACCCUACCUUGGCCUCCGGGCUCGAUUAUCACAGAUAUGGCUCAAUCGAUGGACCAUUCUCCUCCUACUUGUUCUGGCUCGCACCCUUAUCGCAAUCUCUGGAAUCAACAACGAUUUGGGCUCUGCAAGACGCGAAGCACUGUCUGCCUGUUCCGACGUCGAAUCCAUGGGUUCCGCCAUGGCUUCGAUGCCUCACUACAUGUCUCAAGGCGUGAAUGAGGUGGCAGCUACCGGCAUCGAGAAGUCGGUCAAUGGCCUGAUUCAGAUGACCACCAUGAGUGUCACGGCAGUGGAAGAGAUUGUCGUCUUCGUGAUCGGCAUGAUGACCAAUACCUACCUCUGCCUGAUCACUUUUGCUGUCAGCGGCAGUUUGCAUUCCGUCAUUGGAGCCCUUGACUCUGCACAAAAUGGUCUCAACAACCUUACGCAAAAUCUCGGGAACGACUUGUCGGGCGCUGUCAGUACAUUUGAGGAUGCCUACAACAGUUUCAUUGGCAAACUCGAGAGCUUCAUCGCCUUUGGCCAAACCGUUGACCAACCCGCGCCUCUCAAUCUUACUUCCGAAAUGAAUUCGUUGAAGAACCUCAAACUACCAGCCAAUCUUGACGCCGACCUGCAGAAACUCAACAAUUCUAUCCCCACUUUCGCUCAGGUCAAGAAUUUCACCGAAAAUGUCAUUCGCCUCCCCUUCGAAGAAGUCAAGCAGCUCAUGAACGAGUAUGUGGGCAACUAUACAUUCAAUCGAUCCUUGUUUCCGGUCCCGGAGAAAGAGCAACUCACUUUCUGCAGUGACAACGACGGGAUCAAUGACUUCUUCAACGGGCUGGUCGACAUCGCUGCUCUCGCACGCAGGAUCUUCAUCGGCGUGCUGCUCACCCUGGCAAUCCUCGCCAUGCUCCCAAUGGCGUGGCGCGAAAUCAAGCGAUGGCAGAAGAUGCAACAGCGUAGCCAAUUGGUCAAUUCCGACGCUCGCGAUCCUUUGGAUGUAGUCUACCUGGUCAGCCGGCCUUACACGUCGGCAGCUGGAAUCAAGCUAUCCAACCCAUUCCAGUCCCAGCGCAAAAAGGACCUCAUCCGUUGGGUCGUUGCAUACGCUACCUCUGACGCUGCACUAUUUGUACUCGCUCUCGCCAUAGCAGGCCUGUUCUCCUGUGCUUGUCAAGCUAUUCUACUGCGUGCCCUGGAAAAGGAAGUCCCGGACCUCACGAAUCAAGUCGGUGCCUUUUCUGACAAGGUGGUUGCGCAGCUCAACAACGCAUCGGAACAAUGGGCCAUUGGCACCAACGCAGCCAUUGCCGCCACAAGCAAGGACAUCAAUCAAAACAUGCUGGGCUGGGUGAAUACGUCCACGACUGCGAUCAACGACACGCUUAACGCAUUUGUGGACGAAACGACGAAGGUUCUUAACGCCACAUUCGGUGGGACAAUAUUGUACGACCCGAUUAUGGAAGUCCUCGACUGCCUUGUACUGCUCAAGAUCCAGGGCAUCGAGAAUGGCCUUACCUGGGUUCAGGAUAACGCGCACAUCAAUUUUCCCCUCCUUCCGAAUGAUACCUUCAGCCUAGGUGCCGCAGCCAGUCUGGCCGACUCCAGCAAUCCUUCUGACUCCUUUCUCGCGAGCCCUGGAGAUACCACAAGUGAUAAGAUUUCCGAGGCUGUCGCAAGAUUUGUUGAUGAGCUGGCAAAUACCAUACGGACGGAAGCGCUCAUUUCAACCGUCAUCCUGCUCAUCUGGGUCUCCGUCGUGCUCAUGGGCAUCAUCCGAGCAUUGAUGCUUUGGGCCAAGCGCGAAAAGGUCCGCGGCGAAGGCGGUGCGCCAGCAUUCCCUUCGAGCGACGCCAUGAGCAGUGACUUUUGCUCUGACAAUCAAGGACAAUAUGCUGGAUUCACGGAUAUCCCAUUGGCCAACGUCAAUAGCUUCCGGCCAAUGUCACCCGCACCGAAGUAUUCGCCGCCCGAAAAGUGUGAAGCGCUUGAAGAGGACUAUCAAGAUGCAAAGCUAGGGUUUGCUGGACGUCGAGUAUACCAAGAGUCGCAGCAGCUCCAGAUCGACAGCAAACGCCGAGAUAUCUGGAAUGGGGAAUGA